CCUGAAAAAAGACCGUCUAACAUAAAUUUGGUCAGAUUGGUUAUUUCAGUGAUGAAUUCGAAGUUUAAACGUGGAUUUGUGUGUGAUAAUCUGUGAAUGACUUUGGAUAAAUGGUUGAAAGUAUCUGAAGUAGAAGCUGGAACUAAGCUAAACCUAAUGCAAUGCUAAUUCACGGUGCAUUAAGUUAUGGUUAUCUGUAAUUAUUGAAUACUUUUGAAUUAUGGUUGAAGGUAUCUGGAAUAUAAGCCAGAGUUAAGUUAAAUUUAAUUAGAAGGUAAUUUAUGGUGCGUCCAAUUAAGGUUGAAGCCUGCGUGUGGUAAUCAUUGGAUGAUUUUGAAUUAUAGGACAAUUAUAGCAUCUGGAAUAUAAGCUAGAAUUAAAUUGAUCCAAAGUUACGUUGUGGAGUGUCAAGAGGAAGUUGGUGCUUGUGCGUGGAAAUUAUCAAUUGUUAAUGCAAAGUUAAUUCAAAUAUGAGUGAAAUGUAGCUCUUUGAGCGGUAAAUUGGAUAAGUUAAAAUUGAAUUUGCUAUGUAAAAAGUGCUAAACGCGUUAAGAAGAAAGAGACCUAAUUAAAAUUUAGUCCUUCGAGUAGCAAAGUUGCAAUGGUGAGCCGUUUAUUCUUACCGCCAUAAAAGUAACGCAGUUGGACUGCGGGGAUUAAUGGAAAGAGUGUGAACGAGGACAUUUUAUGAGACGCUGAUUGACGUGGUUCGAUCGUAACACUUUUCGAUUUUAGUUCAAUGUUCGGGGGUUGGUAGGUUACGUAACGUGCAGCUAUAGAAGGGUCGUCGAUGGUGCAGAAGUGAUACACUUUCAGCGUAACCCUGAAUCCUAUUUCUUCUUCUUGGAAAUUAUAACAUCGACUUUCUUUCUUCGUGUGACGAGGGGAUGAAAAGAGAAGUCAGCGACAAGGAAGCAAGGAAGUCAGUAAACAUAGACGACAGAAUUUUUUAAGAAAGAAGCAACCUUAUUUCCGGCGUAACAGAAGCGGCACGAGAGACUAAUCGACAAAGAGAAAAUGGAGAACGCAAAGGAGGAGACGAUAAACAUGCAGCUGAUCGGUUCCGAGAGUCCGUACAAAGUUAAUAAUGAAAUCGCCGGAAGUGGUAUAAAUGCAUCGGAAGUCCCAAUAUCGCCGACCACAAGCCCAGAAGAUUACGACCCUCACAAACAUCGAAAUAGGCCAAAUCCGACAUCGAACGCGGAGACUUUGAUACAUUUAUUAAAAGGAAGCCUGGGCACCGGAAUACUCGCGAUGCCAAACGCGUUCUGCAACAGCGGCCUCGUGACUGGUGUUAUAUCCACAGUGAUCAUAGGGGUGUUGUGCACUUAUUGUUUGCACGUACUAGUGAAAGCUCAGUACAGACUGUGUAAACGGUUAAGAGUUCCUAUAUUGAGUUAUCCACUGAGUAUGAAGCACGCUCUAGACCAAGGGCCUUGGUGUGUCCGAUGGUUCGCACCCUACGCGCCAGGACUCGUAGACGGGUUCAUGAUUGUGUAUCAAUUGGGAAUAUGCUGCGUUUAUAUCGUAUUUGUAGCGUCGAAUAUCAAGCAGGUGGCAGACCAGUACUGGGAACCUUUGGAUGUUAAAACCCAUAUGCUGAUUUUAUUGCUACCGCUGAUUUUGAUCAAUUACGUUAGGAACCUCAAAUUACUGGCACCGUUCUCCACCUUGGCGAACGCAAUCACGUUCGUUGGACUGGCCAUGAUCCUAGUGUACAUGUUUGACGAUCUACCGUCGAUCAGCGAAAGAGAAAUGUUCGGUACACUGAAAAAUUUCUCACUCUACUUCGGCACCACGUUAUUCGCUCUGGAAGCUGUCGGUGUGAUAAUCGCACUGGAGAACAAUAUGAAGACUCCACAAUAUUUCGGAGGAUAUUGUGGCGUUUUGAACAUAGGAAUGACGGUGAUCGUAGCCCUGUAUAUUCUUAUAGGAUUUUUCGGUUAUAUAAAAUACGGAUCUAGCGCUAGUGGUAGCGUUACUUUUAAUCUACCUGCGGAUGAAGUAAUGGCGCAAAGUAUCAAAAUAAUGUUCGCGAUCGCAAUUUUUAUCACGCACGCCCUUCAAGGAUACGUUCCAGUUGAUAUUAUCUGGAACACUUAUCUCGAUCAAAAGAUACAGAAGAGGAAAAUCUUCUGGGAGUACGUCUGUCGGACUGUUAUCACUUUAGCCACGUUCACGUUGGCCAUCACAGUUCCCAGAUUGGCCCUCUUCAUCUCCCUGUUCGGUGCUCUCUGUCUCUCCGCCCUUGGCAUCGCGUUCCCAGCGAUCAUCGAGAUCUGCGUGCUUUGGCCGAACCGAGACUUCGGGCCUUGCAUGAUCAUGUUCAUCAAAAACAUAUUUCUGAUCGUAUUCGGUCUCUUGGGCCUCGUGAUCGGCACGUACGUCAGCAUCGUCGAGAUAGUAAGGUCAUUCAAGUGAAGUUCGCGAGCGAUAUUUAGGCAGGAACGAUCGAAGGAAGGCAGACAGUUUGGUGAAGAGGUAGGAAAAGCAAACGAGAAAGAGAGGCGAAGAAACGAAGAGUUUGGGAACGAGCUUGUUCGAGUAUCGAUGACGAAGUCACGGCUUCGUUACAAGUUUUAUAGCUUAAUGAGCGGCGCCUUUUAGGUAGACAGGUUAUCUCCAAUGCGGCUGGGAGUCGUUCUUAGUGAAAACAUUCGCGAGCAAUGCAUUCCGGAAAUGCUUCUCGUCCCGCGUGAUCGCCGCCAUUGUUAGAGCACUUAGGCCAAGUUUAGAUGUUUUAUUAAGAGUUAACGGCGAAGAGUCGUUCAGUGUUGGGUUAAAGAAAUAUCGUGGAAGUCGAUGGGGCUCUUCGACGUUCUUUCCAGUUUAAUUGGAAUUGGCCGUUGCUGAUGGAAUCUUGCGGUGCAUUAAUCUACGUAUUUAUUAACUUGAUGCGAGAUUAUACCGCUGAUUCCAUUUAGCUGAUUGUUAAGGGUUUUAGGUUCGAAUCGUGGCGAAUGUUUGUAGAAUUUUUCAUAAUUGAUAAUUCAUGUUAUUAUAACGUAUAUCGCGUAUCGGGGGAGGAACGAGAUCGAAAGAGGGUUGUUUGAGAGACUCGAUGGAAAAGUGGUCUUACGAGUGGAUUCUCUCUAGAAAUGAUCAGAUGAAUAUAGAAAGUAAUUCUCUUAUUUUUGUUUAAAAGGUUCUUUUACGUCAAUGUUUGAUUCUAUCUCUCGUAUAAUAUUUUCGAGUUGGAAAUUUUGUAACUUGAAGAACCUUUCGUCCGAGUCUCUAAUUUAAUAGAAUUCUAAUAUAUAUUCUAUAGAAUAUACUAUAUUUAAAUGUCUGUUUUCAAUUAUGCUACGAACUUUCAAAGAAACGGAUCCAGGAUUAUUGGUAUAUCGUAAUGGGUAUACGGAAUUUCAGGCUCCAGGGUUUAGCCGUGUGCUCUUAACGCAUGAAAUUUGGCCUAGCUUGGAAUGGAGAAAAGUGCAGAUAUAUCAUUCCAGUCAAACAUAGUCGUUGAUGGAUUCGAAAAUUCCACAUUAUCGUUCAAAAGGCCUCUAAACAGCUUCUAAGCUUCCGAUACAAUAAUCGGACUUUUUAUAUAGAUCAUGAAAAUAUCGAGCAAACAUUGAUUUAUAAAUCUGUCGAUAAAAGUAGCAAGAUUUCGGCUAUCUUACUAUUCUUCUGUAAGGCGAUUAAUUGUAUAAAUAAUGGGAAGGAACGUUUCACAUAUGCAAAUCGAAAAAUUACCAAAGAAGUAUUGAUCUAUCGAUUAAAAAAUUGCUCGCAGAAACAAAGAUCAGUGAAAGAUAAUCAACUAAUCAUAAAUAUAAAAAAUGAACAGAACCUUACACAGGGACACGACUUAUAUGCAAAGUUCUCAACAAAUCUGAUCGUUAUAAACAAAAUCAUAGUAUUCACAGCUAUAUCAAUGGAAAAGCUUCCCUUUCGAAUUAGAAGUAUAUUAGGUCAAACGAAUAUCGUCCAUUUAAAUAAUACACACAAAGAUGAGUGCCCCAGUAACACGGUGCCUAUGUAAAUGAUUAAUACCUAGCACACUUUAGUUGCACUGCCUGAGAGCGUAUUAAACAGAACAAAUGUGUUCUUUCAAUUGCUCUUAUAAUCCGAAAGUAUCUGAAUUAAUUACAUGUAGAAAGCCAAGUAGACGAUCUAUAAGAUUCAACGUCGUAGAUGAUUAAGACGCGUAAUUUUACAAGCCAAUUCUAAUUCAAAGGUACAACUAUUAACGAUUGUUUAUGAAAUUGAAUUGAAAUGUUCAACCAUUCGACUUCCAUUUUAUGUGCAGUUUUAUACGUGGCCUGUUUCAAAAGUAACGACAUUGCUUCAUUCGUAAUUUACAUUUGUUUUGGAAAAAUAUCUCGAACUUUUCAACUACUUUAAACAAAUAUCUAAGAACAUCGCAUUCUAUUUCUAUAUUUUUGGACAUUAUUUCCCUAAUACGAUUAAUUUGUCUGUUGUCUGAUAAACUGCAUGAGUAAGAUUGCAUUCUAUCUCUGUAUUAAAGAAAAAUCUUUUCCACAAAUUCUUGAAAAUGUUAUUUCUAAAAAGAACUAUAGAUGCAAUUUCAUUACUUUUGAAACAGUUUCAUAAUAUCAAGCGAUUGUUAGGUAGAAUCAUACGAUGCCUAACACUGAACAUAGAGCGCUCUUCGGAGGAAAAAGAAACAAAAAAAAAAAAAAAAAAAAAAAGAAAAAUUAUGAAAAAAAAUGUGGAAGAACCGUCGCGAUAAACGAAAACCUGUGAUCGAAGAUUUUAUAGAGGAACGAACGUUGCAUUUCUACCGAAUUGUUGAUUGUCGUCGUUGAACGAAUUUACAAACGUACAUACGGGUGUUAAUUGUUCUUCAACCACGAAACCGAGAUAUGUUUUUGUAUUUCGUUCAAGAGCUUUUCUUUCGUUCUCGAUGAUACGAGUACUUACGUUCAUUCGAAUGUGAUUCAAAUGUUGACGAAAAAAUUGGAUUCCUUACAUUUCUCAUUUGAGAAAGCACAAGAUUGGGAAACGUGCAAGAAUUUGUACUACUGAAGAAGUGACUAUAAAUAUCGAAAAAGUAACGUAUAGUCAUUGAUUACACACAAUGGCGACAAGAUUCGAUUCUUCGUAUUUUUGUUCGAAAAGAGCAUCCAAUUAGAAGAAAUAAACGAACUUGAGUUGACAUUACUUACGAGGAUGCUGGUGACUAAGAAUCACGAAAACACGUAUAGUCAGUGACUAUAGGCAUUAUCGAAAUUCGUAUUUUUAACCGAAAGGAGUUUUAAGUCGAAAAAGUUCGCAAGAAUUGAAAUUGGUAUUAAAUAGGAGAAAGACUGGUAUAGUCACGAAGUCUAUGUCAACCGAGCCAAAGAAUUUAAUUUUUAAUAUAAAAUAAUUUACAGUCACGACUAUAAAGUGAGGAAUCCUAUAUUUUUAUUGACUAUACGAUUUAGGCCGAAGAAACAUUUUUGUUGAAAAUAAUGGUAUUUAUAAUUACGACUAUAAGACUUAUAAUUAUUGAUUACGAAGAAAGGUUUGCAUUUUAUAUCAUUUUAUAAUAAUCUGUUAUAUAAACAGGGUGAAAAAUAGGUAGUUAAAUUAUGAUAUCGUAUCUUGCUCUUCCUAAGGAUCGACAUGAACAUAUAUGUAGAGAUUCAAACAAACUUUCUUUGUGGUAAGAAAAGUGAUAGUAAUACCAUGUCUGAAACCACGUAUGAAAUAAUGAUCUUUCUUCACGGUGAAAGCAGAGUUUAACUAUCCUAUAUCGACUGCACGAAUCGAUUAUCUCCAAUCCGAGCCAAAAACUGGCAAAUUCUAAUCAUCUCGAAUUUGCCCAACCAUAAACAAUUAUGUACUCUCUUUAAACAAAAAAGAAGGUUAAGUAAUUGUUGAGCGAUAACUGAGAAUAAGAUUUUACACGCAAAUUGCGUUAGAUUGCGGAUUUUUAUGCAUUUAUGAUAAAUUCUAGGUGAAGAAUUUCGCAGAAUGCAUAUAAUAUACAUAAAGUAUUCAAAUUUGAGUACGCGCCAUAAUUUUCACUGGACGAAACAAAUUGCCAUGCCUUGAGCUUCUUUAGUUCUCUUUAUAAAUAUAUGAAAUUACAUAAAAAUUCGCAAUCUAAUUAUUCUACAGAAAUAUAGAGACAUAGAAUCCUGUCAACGUUUGAAUCACUUGUGCGCCAUGAUCGUACGCUAGGACGAAGAAAAACAACGAGACACAAACGGCCAACAAUAAUAAAUAAAAGAAGGAAGGUCUAACCUAUAAGCCGGCUGACGCCAGCAAUGAAAACCGUAGCUCAUCGUUAAUGCCUUAUUUUCUAUUCGUUCGUGGCAUUUGUAUAAUGCAUGAUACUUGCGGCUGCGAACCAAGCAGGCUGAAUCAAAGAUCAAAGUUUAACAAUGAACAAACGUACCGUGAAAACGAGACGCACCACUACUUCUGUACCACCGUCACUGCCGGGAACUAGCUCGGGUCAUCGCGCGUCAUGAUGACAUACACACACAAUGACACGUUAAAUAACACACGAGUGAAAUUGAAAGACCGGUCGCGACCUCCUCGUUGAACGAUCCGCGAGAAACGACAUCUCGUUCGACAUUCACGCGGGACCGACACGAAAAGUCCCGACGCCAUACGGAUUCGCUCGAAUUCUCUCCACUCCUUCGCGCUUUCGACGGGACUACAUACAAUCGACGAUCGCACAAUCGUUUUUACGACCUUCCGUUCGAUUUUCGUUCGCCGCCUCUGGGACGCUUACCGAAAACGAAAGUUUCGCUCGGUUUGCUUCUUUUCGAUAUUAAUCGAUCGUCAGUGGCGGAUCUAAAAGCUUUUCUGAGGGAAGGGGUUGUUUAAAAGUACAUGAGUAUAUUUUUGAAUCUUCUUUUGCAAGGUUUAAGAUCUGUUUAUAAUUUAUAUUUUAAUACCUCUAUCUGACAGUAUAAACUAAAUAACUAAAUUUACAUGAAUUGUAUACUUAACAAAUUUUCAGAAUCUGACACAAUAUUCUUACAGUUUAUUACUCUUAGGGGGCGCCCCUAUCGCUCACCUCUCGAUCCGCCAUUGUCGAUGGUAGCUACUAUCGAUUCUUUUUCUUCGAUUACUCUGGGCAAUAUCGUUGAUCGAUGAAACUGUUACAGACGACACUGUUGCUGGUAUUAAACGUUUUUUAAAGUAUUAUUAUUAAAGAUUCUUUUCAAUUAUUUAAUUAUAAAGAAUAGAAAAAUAUUAAAUAUUCUUUUACUAUUAGGUUGUUGCAUAGUGAAUGAUGUUUCGAGAUAAUUUAAACAAGUUCAUAUUUUUGUACUAUAUAUUGUACUUUUGGAAACACUAAAAUGAAUUAUUUUAAAAAUAUCGUCAAACCAGUGAAAGAAAAUAGACUGAAGUCAUUUGAACAAGGUAAUAUGUACACAAAAACAGUUGUUGAAUGUUUUAUGAUUUCAAAAUAGCCGAAAUAAGAGUUCAAAGUAAAGUGACAUUUAUUUGCUAUGCAACAGUCUGAUAUUAACCUCUUCGGUGCGAUCGUUGACUUUAGCUAUCAGAUAUAAUCAUACUUAUAUAGUGACAAUAAUCGACCAUUUAUGACUAACCUCGUCUAUAGUGUCAUAAUUAUAUAAGUAAGAUAAUAUUUAACUUUUCCUUUGCAUUAUUCCUGUUUGUAAUAUAUUUUUCUAUUUAUUCAAAACAAAUAGAAAAUUCUACACAGAACAAGUAUGUUUUAUUAAAAAAAAAAUACGUGUCACAAAAAAGUAAUUGUAUUAAAAUGACUAUCAUACCGAAGAGGUUAGAAAUACUUCCCUCUCAUUUCAGUAGCAUUUUAACGUUCGUUGCUUUGUUAAGUAUUUCGUAAUAAAUAAAUGUUGUAAUAUCGUUGUUAAUAAUCAAAUGUUAAUUAAAUAUUGAAUGGUUAGGAAUAAUGAUAUUAUAGUAUAUAGAGUUGCACGUUGGAAUGAGAACUGUAGUAAACUGAGAAAGAAUUGCAAAGGCGAUAUUGCUCGUUGCAUUAGACGUGUAUUAUAAUACGUAUAUUGUUAAUGGUUCCUGUUGAAAAUUUUCGAAGGGCAAAAAUGAAAAUCGAAAAUCGUACUUAUGGAUUUCUCACGAUUACGGUAACGAUUGGUGCAAUUAACUUCGCGUCUACGAAGCGUUUUUAAUCGUUAUUUGCCGACUGCGCCGACUUUUAAGUCAGAAAACGAUCGUCAAGAGUUGUAUGUUUCUAAAGAUUUUUUCUUAAAAGAUCUGCAUUUUUCGCGUAUAUUUUAAAUCUGAAUUUUUCUUUUUUUGUUUGUUUUUGGUCAUUAUAUUUCUGAUAUAAUAAACUCUCUAUUCUUA